AUGAAUUUAAGACUGCAUGUGUUCUUCGGCCAGUUACUGUGGAUAGUUUCGGUUUUAAAUGGCAAGACAGUCGAAGGUAUUCCAGGCUAUGGGAGAAAUUUAAUUAUUAAGGCCCUCCCGGCAAUAGAAGACUUCCAGAGCAAUGUUUACGAAGUUUUCAUGGAACCAUAUCUUUAUGGCCUCGGUGGACCGAUAUCAUCCAGCGAUCGCGCAGAAAAACAGAUUGAUUUGACACGCGACCCCAGGUCUAUUGGUCUCCAGGCAAUAGCCUACCUUAAAGCUGACCAGGAUUCCGGAGUCACUGGGGAAUUGGUUUUCAGACAAGUGAUUCCCAAUGGUCCUGUGGUUAUCGAGGGUAACGUGACCGGUCUACCUGCGGGGCUACAUGGAUUGCACAUCCACCAAUCUGGUGCUGUGAAGGAGAACUGUCAAGAUAUUGGACCGCAUUUUAUUGCAUACUACGGUCGUCAUGGCGGACCUCGUGAUAACAUUCGCCACGUCGGAGACCUUGGCAACAUAAAGGCUGAAGAGGAGACAUUGAACGUGAAAAUAAUUGACCAUCUGAUAUCAUUAGCCGGUCCCAGGUCUAUAGUGGGCCGGUCCAUAGCCAUAAGUAAGAGCGAGGAUGACUAUGGUAGAUCCAGCACUGAAGAUAGCGCGCUUACUGGUACAUCUGGACCUUCUAUUGCAUGCGGCGUGAUCGGAUACUUGAACUAA